GUCAACUGCAUCCCUUUCCUUCAACCUUGCUCUUCAUUUUCAUAAACCAAAAAAAGGGUUUUCAUUUGUGAUUAAGAAAACUCAAAAGAAUCUACAGUUAUAUUUUCAUGGCUGAAGAAAUGAACAUUGAAAAUGGAGAGUUCGAGGAUUGGCGAGGGUCAAAGGCAGAUCCUGCAAAGCAUGGCGGUGUUACAGCUUCAAGCAUUGCCUGCGUUGUUGAGGUAUUAGAGAACAUGGUGUUCUUGUCCAACGCUACAAACUUCGUAGAGUACUUCCUCAAGUCAAUGCAUUACUCCGCCGCGGAAUCUGCAAACAUGGUGACUAAUUUCAUGGGAACCUCCUUUCUGCUCACCAUUUUUGGAGGUUUCGUCAGUGAUUCUUUCCUCACUAGAUUCAAGACCUUCAUCAUCUUUUGCACUCUUGAGUUGUUGGGACUCAUCCUCUUGACAAUUCAAGCACAAGACAGUCGGUUGCUGCCAGCCAUAAACAGCAAGCCUUCCAAGACCCAAGAGGCUAUCCUUUACACUGGUCUUUACGCAAUAGCAGCUGGCGUAGGUGGCGUUAAGGCUGCCUUGCCUGCACAUGGGGCUGAUCAACUUGACCAUAGCAACCAGCGUCUAGUCUCAUCCUUCUUCAAUUGGUUCUUCUUUUCACUAUGUUUAGGGGGCCUCAUCGCCUCCACUGUCAUGAUCUGGAUUCAAGAAAACUUGGGCUGGAAUUGGGGUUUUAAGAUAUCUGUGGUCACACUAAGUGUAGCACUCUGCAUUUUCUCCAUGGGGUUCCCCAUUUAUAGAUACAAACGCCCCGGCGGUAGUCCACUCAUUAGAAUUUUUAAGGUGUUGGCUUCGGCUAUUGCAAACAGGAAAGCAUCACUACCAGAGGCAGAGAAUACCCAAAUUUAUGGUGAAAAGAGAAACCAUGAUAAGUUCAGGUUUCUAAACAAAGCAUUAAUGGGUGAGUCAGUCGCAUCGACCGAGGUUGAGGAAACAAAGACAUUCAUAGGCCUCCUCCCUAUAUUUGCAAGCACUAUUAUGAUGAACUGCUGCUUAGCUCAACUGAUGACAUUCUCAGUGCAACAAGGGAACAUCAUGAACAGAUCACUUAACAGUUUCAAGAUUCCCACUCAAUCAUUAUCAGUAUUCCCCUUAUCCAUCAUGCUGACAUCUAUACCUAUAUAUGAAUAUUUUGUGCGCAUGUUCAGAUCAAAGAACAACCACCAUCCUGGAAUUCUGAACAUGUUCCAACCAUUGAGGCGGAUCGGACUGGGGUUAGCUCUCGCAUCAGGGUCUAUGGCUGCCGCUGCUGUAGUUGAAGCUAAGAGGCGUGAGGCAGCGAAUGACGAUGUCGUCUUGUCUGUUUUCUGGCUCGGGUGGCAGUACUUGCUGCUCGGCGUAUCGGACAUGUUGACACUCGGGGGAAUGCUUGAAUUUUUCUACUCGGAGGCUCCGGAUACCAUGCGAAGUAUGAGCACUGCAUUGUCUUGGUGCUCGACGGCAAUGGGGUACUUCAUCAGCUCGGUGUUGGUUACGAUAAGCAACUCGGUGAGUGGACAUUUCGGGAAAGAAUGGCUGGGAGGAAGUGAUUUGAAUCAUACACGUUUGGAUUUGUUCUACAUGCUUCUUUGCAUCCUUAACUUCAUCAAUUUAUUGAACUACAUAUUUUGGGCUAGAAGGUACUAAAUAUUUUUAGUACUUUACAAGAUUAUAUUAUUUUAAAAAGUAAGUAAUUAAAACUUAAAAUUAUAAUUAUUUA